GUCUUGCGCAAAGUUAUGCGCACUGUUUACAUAUUGUAAUGGAGUGUUGAUAUUGUCAUUGAAACGACGAAAUGUGUAAACUUUUGGAGUUAUCUAGGCCUCCAUAAUAAUAUUUUAUAAGUUAAGAAAGCAGACAUGGCACAGAGGAAAUCGAAAGGAACAUUAGAUGGAAAGAUCGCUGGUCUAUAUGAUCUGGAUAAGACGAUAGGCAAGGGGCAUUUUGCAGUUGUCAAACUUGCAAGACAUGUUUUUACUGGUGAAAGGGUUGCAGUCAAAGUUAUCGAUAAGACGAAACUUGAUGAAAUAUCUAAAUCACAUUUAUUUCAGGAGGUUCGGUGUAUGAAAUUAGUUCAGCACCCAAAUGUAGUACGUCUUUACGAAGUGAUAGAUACUCAAACUAAACUGUACCUAAUUUUAGAACUUGGAGAUGGGGGAGAUUUGUAUGAUUAUAUUAUGAAACAUGAACAAGGUCUAGGCGAAGAUUCAGCACGGAAAUAUUUUAGGCAAAUUGUAGAAGCAAUUUCUUACUGUCAUAAAUUACAUGUUGUACACAGAGAUUUGAAACCUGAAAAUGUUGUGUUCUUCGAGAAACAAGGAAUAGUAAAAUUGACAGAUUUUGGUUUCAGUAAUAUGUUUAAGCCAAGUGAAAAACUUGAAACUGCCUGUGGAUCUUUAGCAUACUCAGCACCAGAGAUUUUACUAGGAGAUUCUUAUGACCCCCCAGCAGUAGAUGUAUGGAGUUUAGGAGUAAUUCUGUUUAUGUUGUGUUGUGGAGAGCCACCAUUCCAAGAAGCCAAUGAUAGUGAAACAUUAACCAUGAUACUGGAUUGUAAAUACAAAAUGCCAGCACAUGUAUCACAAGAAUGUAAAGAUUUGGUUAGCAUUAUGUUAAAAAGAGAGCCAUCAGAAAGAGCAAGUUUAGAAGAGAUUUUAUGUCAUGAUUGGUUACACAUGCAAAUGGAGGAUAUGCCACCACCUGCAUUGCCACUCAUAUCACGUGAACAUCUGUCGGAAGAAGAUCAUAAUUAUUUAGUGGAAAAAAUGGUGGAGGGAGAAAUAGGAACAAAAGAGGAAAUAUUAAAGUCUAUAGAAAAAGAUGAGUAUAGUCAUAUAACAGCAACAUACUACCUGUUGGCGGAGAGAAAGUUAAAACAACAUCGUCAAGAACUACAGAACUCGCUGUCACAAAUAAGGAAACACUCAGCUCCAUCUAGUGGUAAACCACAUUUGGAACCCCUUGCUCUUUCACCUCGACCGGAGAUACAUGUACCAGGGAAUAGACUGUUGAACUGUCUUUUAAGUCCAACCUUUGAAGAGCCAUGUAGUUCACCCCAGUCAGAUUCAAAUCAAAAUCCUUUCGUCAAAAGUUUGUCAGGAACUAUGACUCUUGAUAGAAAGUCCUCUAAAAGAAAGAUUAAAAUUAAGCCUCAAGGAUCUAAUCGAUCACAAAGGAGCCCAAGUCCCAGGAGUAUUUUUCGCAACUUCCAGCCAACCUUGGGAACUAUUCAUGAUGCAGGACUUUCUCAGUCUGAGGAAUCCCUAGUCACUAAAGGAGUUGGAAAAAAGGGUCAGCAACCAUUGACGAAAAUUCAGAUUCUUAAGCAUUUCUUUGAGAGAAAGGUGGCCGAACUUGUUGGAAAAACGUCCACUGCUGAAAAAAGGACGAAUCUGUUUAAACAGGUCACCUCUUCAAAGAAGCCAAGUUCAGAUAUCCAGACAAAGGACAAUGACCAGAAAGAUGAACUGACAAUGCCAAAGAUUAGUAUAGUACAGUCCCUCGUGUCACCUCCCGGUACACAUCCAUCUCCAGGUCAGUCCAUGUCCUUCACCCCUGACCGAGAUAGACUGUUACCACGUAAAUACAGCCUCAUUCAGGAGGAAUCCGAAGAUUAUGACGAUGAUGAUAUGGAAGUUGAAGAAGUAGAUAUACAUCACGCUCGAUCAGCUGAAAACUUACUUGAUGAUUCAAGCUAUCGUCCAGAGAUAUUAUCACCUGUUGGUUAUGAGAAUAUGAACCUAAAGAGACCACUGAUCUCUGUUGCUAGUUCACCUCAGUUAUUAAAACAGAUCUGUGAAGAAAAUGAGUCGGACGAAGAAGAUGAUUUCGUUCCAUCCAAGAUUCAUUCACCACGAAUGAAAAAUAGAUCUCGAUGUGCAUCUCCCGAAAUGAUAAGAAAAUAUGAACAGCGUAGAAGAAAAGGUGCAGGGUCAAGAGGUCAUAGUUGUAGUAGUUCUGAUGCUAGUGACACUGAUGACACAGAAGGACGAUCAAGAAAGGACAAAUUGAAACAUAAGUUCAUGCAUCGUCGUAGAGACAGUAGUGAUCAUUCCAGUGAUACUGAUGGUGGACCCUCGGGACCAGGGGGAGGUAAUCUAGGAGGAGGAAGUGGAUUUGAUGGUGGACAUGGUCGGCCACCUAAAGAGAGAAAAGACAGAGAUCACAAAGACGAUGGAGGAGGAAGUGGAAAGGGAAGCGGGUCAAAGGACAAUAAAAGUGGAAAAACUCGCCAGCAGAAUCAUUUAGUCAAUAAUGACUUGAAUGGACGAAUCAUCAAUGGGAGAACGAGUGAAUUAAGUAUAUCGUCAGCAAUAUCUAACUUGAGUGUAGGUAGUAAAAAUAGUCUAAAAUACAUCGUUGAGAAGAACGAAAGUGAUAUAGAGGACAACUGUAGUUCUAAUGACUAUUGUUCAUAUUCUGGAAGCUCACGGCAGAGUAGUCAGAAUCCUGUAAUAUGUGAUUUUCAUUCGUUAACCAAUUCUCCUCAUAAAGACUUCUUUAGGUUAGCUGAUAAAGAGAACUUGUCUCAGUCUAAUACUCUGAUAUCAUCCUCCGUCUGUUCACCGAAGGUCAAAAGUCGUAAAUUAAACAACAUGAAAGUGGAUAUAAAUCGUAAUGGCUACUGUCAUGUACACCAUAGUCAGCAAGUUCCAACGGUCAAAGCUGAUACUAAAUGUUGUUCUGUUGUUUAAUGAACAAUCAUUCUAGUAUACUCACUACUUUGAUUGCUUUUUAUGAUUUGUAGAUUAAACUCUUGUUUUUCAUUGUGAAAAUUACAUAAAAAGUCGAAUUUUUAGGCAAUAUUUAAGAAAAAUGUUUUAGUGAGAAUUUUACUCUAUUUUUUAAGACUCCCAAAAUGUUUGUUAGUCUUUUCAUACAUUUUCUUUUCCUCUGUUAAACAUAUAAAAUGGAAGAUUUCUAUUUGUGUUGCUUUCUGUUAAAUUGUACUAAGAUUCAGUAUUUAUGUUUAUGAUUUAAAACCUUGAAUUGUGCUUUCUGUAACUUUGUACUAAACAAUUGUUUUAAGCUAGUAUAUUAGAGGGUACAUUUGAUGACAUCUAAAUAUUUUUUUCAGUAGAAAACUUGGCUAAAUUGGUAACAUAUUUGCUGAUUAAAAUUGAACACAUAAAUGUGAGCCUGUUAUGUAAGCCUGUUUAUAAAGGCUGUUUCUGUAGUCUGAAGCUAAUAACAUUCUAUUGAUUUACUGUAAGAUAUGCACUUUGAAUGUUUAUGAAAGUUUUCGCUGAUUUAUUUUUUUUACAAGAUCUUUCUACAUUGUACAUCUUCAAACAGAUUGUGACUGCACCAUUACCAAAAAGUUAGAUUUUUAAUAAUGAGAUUUAACGAUAUUUAACCUGUUAUCUUAAUUCAAAGCAUUUAAGUGAUCAAUUUGACACUUUUUGAAUACCAAGAUGUACUUCCAGUUAUAUAUGAUUGUUAUAGUUAAACAGUUAAACAGUUUUACUGCAUAUUAUAUAAUUACCAAAAUAUAUAACUGUGAUUUUCACAAACCUUAUUAGGACAUUUUUCUCUCUAAAUGUUCCAAUACUAUUGCAUUGUUACUUUUCAAGUUAUUUUUGGUCGGAGAUUUUUUUAUUGAAAUUUUAUUUUUUCAAACAACUAAUACAUGGUUUUAUUAUUUCUUUAAUAUCAAUCAAAACAUUUCAUAUUUCCCUUACCGAUUUCACUAGUUUUAGUUGACAUAUAUACUUUUACAUCCUUAAACAUAACAUUAAUUAAUGUUGUUGCCAUGGAAUUUAACUUCCUGUUUCACUCCUUUUGAUAUUUAAACGGCAGGUAACGACUGACAAUAAUUUUCACUUUGAUUACAGAAAUAAAACAUCAUUGACAUUUAACUAAAAAUAGAUUGUAACAGCAUGUGUUUAAUGACUAAGUAUGAACAAAAAUCAAUUCGUUUUUAUAGAAAAGUUCAACACAAUCAAAACAUCAUCGUCUGACUUCUUGAUGAUCAAAUAGAAACUUAUAAAACACACUAAUAUUAAUCACAUAUUUUUUAAUUGACAAAUUUUGCCAAAAAGUUGGGGGUAUGGGAUUUGUCUGUCAGGCUGUUACCAUUUAAUUGUAAACAAAGUAUUUCAGUGUUUGGUUUGAAGAAAAAAAUCUGCAAGUUUCCUUAUAAUUUUUUUUUUUUUCUUCUUUUUAAUUUGGAUAUAUUCUUUAGAAUUUAUAAUGCCUAUUUUUCAGUCAAACCUGCUUUUAAAGUUACCUUUAUUAAGCCUAAAAACCUGUUUUGUCAGGUCACUUCUCUUAUAAGAUAAUUUUUUUCCCCAAUAAUAAUAUUUGUAUACAGAUCUGUGUAAUUUAAAGGUUAAUUUGGAAGUAAUCCUUAUAAGAAAAUAUGAAUUGGUGUUGUCCCUUAAGUUUGUGUGGAAGAACCACAAUGCAUACAAGUUUGUACUUUCCAUCUUUGAAAUAAUUAAAUUUUUGUAAUAAUGGUUUUUAUCAAAUCAACAUGAUCAACUUUACAUAAACUCUUGAUGUUCUUCACAUAAGGCAAUUUACUUAAAUAAAUUACAUAUACAUUGUACAUUGUAAGACACUAAGAGCUCUUUAUAUAAAGUCUAUAUAUGAUGAACAAAAAGAACUUUAGAGACAUAAUUCAAAUGAUUGAUAAGGAAAAUAGUUCAUUAAUUUCAUUUUACCAUUCUAAUGAUUUUUAAAGUACUGUUCAUGGGGAAAGAAUUAAUUGUAUUGUUUAAAAGACAUUUUUUGGAGGUUAUUAAGAUAAAAAUUUUAAAAAAACUUAGUAGUCUGAAUAAGCAGACUUUCAUAGUUUUAUUAUAGGGGCAAGAAAGAUAACUCAAAGAUGUUAGAGAAAUUUAUUUACCAAUCAGAUUUGACACUUAUCACAAUUUUUGAAGGGUGGGAUAUUACUAUUGCUUCUACGACCAACAAAAACUGUUAUUAUCAGUGGCAUUUAAAUGACAGAAAACAAAGAAAAACAAAUAAAUAAUUCUUUAUUAUAUGGGUAAUAGGAAAUAUUAGCUGUAUGUCACAAUCUGAAAUUGUUUAUCUCGUUCACUCUCUAAUAAGCUUUACAUUGUGACUCACAGCUAAUAUUUUACACUAUCUGUGGAAAACUUGAUAAUUGAAAUAAUUUAUACUUAAAAAUAUUUUAUGGAACAUGUUUUACAUGAUAGUGCUUAUUGAAUUGUCUUUGCAUAUCACCAACACACUUUUAAAAAUCUUAAGUAAUGAUUUUCUUCAUUAUUGCUUUGACAAUCCAAAGUGAUACCAAUGGCAGAAUAUAGAUUUAUUUGAUUAUUGAUUUAAAAGUCAGAUAUUGAAAAAGAUAUCUGCCAUCUGAUUUCAAAUUCUGAUUGUUCAUGGAAAGUGCUACUUUAUUCCAUGGUACUAAAUUUAGUUCAAUCUAUAUUCUUAAUAUAUAAUCUAUAUAUAAAUAUAUAUAUAUUAUCAAUGAGAGUUGAGGGACUGAAUAGACUAGUAACCCCUCUGUCAUGGCAUAAUAAUACUACAUACAUGUUUGUUACUUCAUAUAAAAUAGAUCAUAUAUUAAAUUGAUACUCGUCCUUGUAGCUGUAACCAAAAAUAAGAAUCUUAUUUGAUGUGAAUGAGUCAUUUUGUUAUUUGAGGAGAACAAACCAUGUAAGAAGGCAUGGUUACAGAUAUAAGUUAAUCUAGAAAAUAAUCAAUGUGUCUUUAAAAGGACAUCUUUUAUGUAUAUUUUCCAAAAUCCUAAAAUUCUAUGAAUAAAUUGGUUUCGCCUAUGUUAUAAAUGGAUUUUGUGGAUAUUAUUGAAUUUAUCGUAUUGAAUAUACAUUAUGAUCUUUUUGUUAAGAUAUAACUGGUUGUGGAGAUAGAACAGAAAAUAUAUCUUGUACAUCAUGAGAAAUUUAAAUUUUAUUGUACAUAUAUACAUAUAUACUAUAAUUAGAGGAGUAUUUAUGUUCCCACAGUAUGUAUAAAACCCCAUUUUAUUUAUUUUUACUUGUUUGUAUUUGACGGACAAAAUGACUCACUGUUUUUAUUGUUUUAUAUUUUUUUGGACUGUACAUAUGAUUUUUUUUAUGUUGAUAGAAUUUUAGUCUAUUUUUACUGCCAGUAGUCAUAUAUAUGUUCAUAUACAACAUUGUACAAUGUAAAAUUUAGCUUUUUUGUUAAUCCGGUUCAUUAUUAUUAGUAGCACUUUGUUAUAUAACAUGUAUCUUAAAAAACAUUUUACUAACUAUUGUCUUAGCAUACCAUUGGCAUCUGAAUAUGUCAUUUUUUAAAGAUGUCAAAUUAUUAUAAUCAAAGUACAAAAAAAUCAUUUUAUGAAUGAUUUACAAUUUUUAUGCUCAUCAGUAUCUUUUGUUAAAAUAAUAAUUUGCAAUUUGGCAAAGGCUAUUCCAGAAUUUCAAUAUAGGGGUUCAAAACAAGUUUUCACACUAAAACAUAUUUAAUUUCAAAUUAAAAUUGUAUGUUUUUGGGGUCUUGGCUAAAAAAGUCUUCCAAACCCCUUCACUUUUAAUUUAUGAAAAUGCCUAAUUUUCUUAUAUGAUAUCUGGUAAGAUAUUUCAGUAAUUCAACCUUUCACUGAUAAACGUUUUGUGCAUAUAUUUCUUAAACCAAUUAAGGUAUCAUUGAUAUUUUACCACAAUAACUGAUGUUUCAGAAUUAUUUCUGGAAUAGUUAGCAAUUAUUGCCUAUUUUUUGGUACUUAUUCAAAUUUUAUUGUUAUACCAGUUUUAAAUAGAUAAAUAGUUACGGAAUGAUUUGUCAACACAUUAUCUAGAUCACCAUGACCUACUUUUACAAAGUGCUGUACUAGAAACUUACUGUGGAUUCAUUUAUUUUCGUGGGUAUCAAUUUCCAUGGAUUGCUAAAAACUUGCAUAUUCAUAGAUAUUUGAUUUCAUGGUUUUAACAAUCUCUGUAUACAAAGCCUAUUCAAAAUAUGUUUUUCGUUGAACAUUUGAUUUCCUGGUUCACAUGCACCCACGAAACCCACGAAAAUUGGUAUCCAACGGAUAAUAAUGAAUCCACAGUAUUGAUUUUUGAGUAAUCAUGAAGGCAACUUGUCUGUGUCAUGUAAACAAGUUCCCUAUUCCAUAGUUUAAAAAAAAAUCUUGUUGGAUUAAGAAAAAAAAUGAAAACUUUUUAUGUACAAAUGUCUUUUAUUCACAUCUUACAACAAUACUUUUUGCAUGUCUUGUGAAUGAAGUGAAUUUUGUGACACAUUACAAAGUUGUUGACAAAAUUAGCACUAAAUAAGAGACCUCAAACCCAUGCCAUGACAAUUCUAUGCUUAACAGUGAUAUAUCAAUCAUUUUUGAGUUAUUCAGGGAUUAUAUCAUUUCAUUGUAAGAUAAAACAUUGACAUUGUAUAUAUCAUACAGAACUCAAGUGAUUUCAGAUACUCUAUAAAACAGUGUUUCAAUUUUACUUGUGAAUUUCCUAAUGGUUCGACCCACUCUUCUGUAAGUUUAUAUCAAUAAACAUUUAUAUAACCCAGAAAUAUUUCCUUUCCAUGUUGCCCUUUUUUAUUGUGAACAAAUUCUCCCUUAAGAAUAUUCUGAUAUAUUUAUUUUUAUUAAACCUGACUAGAUGUGGUUCUCUGAUAAUCAUACUAAUCGAACAGAACAGAUAAAUGAAAAUUACAGCAAUUGCAGUUCUUCAGCAAAAAAUGGACAAAGUUUUGUGUUUCCUGUUUAUAAGCUCUCCAAAGAUUACCAUAAAUAUUCCAGUACAGUAUAAAGUAAAUGAAUUUCUUCCCAUUAUUUUCCCCCCAAGAUAAGGUUAUAACUCCAAUUUAGGAAAGAGCUUAUCAAAGCUUGAAGUCAUUGGUGUUUUUGUUAGGCAGAGCUUUUUUUGGAGAGUAACAAAUCUAAAGAUUCUGUGUACAGUUUUGUCUAUGGAGUAUGCAUCAUAUGUAAAUGUUAUAGUAAGGGAUUAUUGGAUGUUUAGAGCUGGUCUCUUCAAGAUGUAUCUAUAUUUAAAAAAAACAUCCAUUACAACCAGAACUGUACAGCUGUAAGCACAUUUUCUUACAAGUGGUCAAUUUUGUUUUAAUUUCAUCAUAAGCUUGUUACCCUUAAAAAGAUCUUUGUUGUUGUUGAAAAGAAUUUUUUUUAAACAGGGAGUGUCAAAAAUAUAAGUGACAAAUGCCAAAAGAAUAAGAAUACAUUUAGAACGGGGAAAAUCUACAGAAAAAAAAUUAAAUGUUUUGUGUCAUAAAAUAUUUCAGGAAGACUUCUUUUGAGGAGUGUAGUUGGGCAACAUCAGACUACUUAAAUUAAAUUUUUUGACCACAAGUGUUUGUAAUUCAUGUAAAUUUUUAUGUUGCACAAGUAGCAAACUAAAUUUUGUAUUUACAUAAGCAAUAGAUUUUCCAAUCAAUAUUUUUUUUUACAGCUCUCGGUAAUUAAACUGAAUUGACCAGUUUUUAGAAAAUGGCUGAACAGUUGUAUGAUUUUUGGUGUAAAUAGAUAGUUAGCUUUAUGUAAAAUAUGUAUCAUCACUUAAUUGUUCAUCUUCAUCUUAGUAUUACUUAAUUACUUUUACCUGGCUGUGAGUGGAAUGAAUGACUCUGUAAUAAAGGUAUUCUAUUUAAAUGGGUACAGAACACCUAAGGGAGUUAACUCUUUAAAAAAAACGCUUAAAUUUUUAUAUUCAUUAUAUAAGUAAAGAGAAAUCAAGGUUCACAGUGAAAAAAAAUAAGAUGUCAAACUUCUAUAUAAGGGAUAAAAUUAUCCUGUUAAUUUCAAAUUUCUUGAAAUUAUAUUGUUCAAAAUUUUAGGCAAAUCAAAUGAGUCAAAUAUAUUUUAGUCAAAGUGUUGAAUACCACCUAAAUAUAAAGAAAACACUGAUUCACUUCUGU